UUAUUUCCUGAAAAUACAAAUAUUCAAAAAAUAUCAACAAAAAAACAAUGACCAAAAUUUGUUUUAAUUUGUAUUAUUAUUAUUGUUAUUUUUUCAAUUCUAACGGUCAUCUCGCGAUCUACGACAGAGCUUAUAUAAAGGAGGCGGACGUUGGGUGAACUUCAGUUGGAGUUUACACCUGUUGCUCGACGGUUAAUCAAACCAAACUGUUUUUUGCGUAUCGUGAUAAUGUUUCCCUCGUUUGGUCUUUUUGCUGAUAUAAAUUGUCCUAUUUCCCAACGUGGACAUUGUGAGCGGCCGCACUGUUUGUACAAACAUGCCACAGAAGUGACGGAUAUGUCUGGUGCCUCGUCUAAAUCUACGAUAGUUGCAGGAGUGCAAAAUGGCUAUCCAGUGAAUGAUGAGACCAAAGAUGACUCCCUCCAGGAGCUGGAGCGGAUUAACAAGGAGAUUGAAACUGUAAGGCACGAGGUGGAGCAGGAGCAAAGACGACUGUCAAACUACCAGACUGCACAGGGAGACAGCAUAAACACUGCGACUAAUUUCUCUGUAUCUAAGUCAGGUAGAAAUGUAGACGGAAGUCCUUAUGGGCUGUCUUCAUGCACAGAUUUUACUAAAACAUACUCCUGGGCAAGGAAGUACGUGGUUGACAACUCAAAGCCAAGAACCGAUUUGGAGUAUGACCCUCUGUCCAACUUCUCUGCUGGCAUGCGGUCUUACAGCUCAUCAAGUAAAGAGCAAAAAGUGAAAAGCGGACAAGGUUUGAAAAGAGAAAGAAACACUGUACAUUGUGACCAAAAUAAGCCUGUCGCGUGUGUGUCUCUGCUUUCUCGAUCGCCAUCUCCAGAGCCACUUGAUGACUCUAAUGAAGACGAUGUCCUUAUUAUUGACAUUCCUCCCUCGCCUGACAAAAAGAGAGUGAGAGCUCAGAAACCAGUUGAUUCUGUUGCUGGCAAAUCCCUCCAGGAUAAAGUGGAGGAAUUGGAGGAGGUCAAAACAGUGUCUAUUUUACUUCUAAACGCUGAUGAGUGCAAGAUAACCCCUCCACCUGCGUCAAUGAUAAAAGAAAAUAGAGUUAGUAGCAGUGCUGAAAAUAAUCUUUCUGAACACAAAGAAUGUGAAAAUAUACCGGUUGAUGGGAGUGUAGUGGAGUCAACUGGCUUUUUAGAAGACCUACAAAGUGAAAGUCAGAAAAUUACUCACUUACGGGCUGCUGAAACAGUAGUGGAGAAAAAUCUUGAACCUGCAAAUCCUCCUGCCACCACAGACCAGCGAGAUCUCAACUGGAACAAUGUGAAAGUGGAAAAGGAAGAGAACACGUUUCAGAUUGAAUUGACUCAGCGUGAGCUGCCCCAUAGUGUUAAGAAAAUGAAUCCACUGCAGCCACAUCAUUUUCUACCACAGAAUUCACUUUUUUAUAAAGCUCCAGUUGCUAAGUCAGACUCGCCAAGCAGACAACAAACCAAGCAAGCCCAGACAGCAGAGCAGAACAGGGUUAGUAAUUCGUGGUCUUCCACAAAAUGUGUACCAUCAGUGCUGCCACACAGCGGGAAAACACCAAGUAAAAUGCCAGGACAGAUUCAGGGUAAAGCUGCUGCACCUGAAAGCUACCUUGAGCCAGCAAAACCAGCUUCAGACAGCGGCCAAGGUCCGGCUCGGCACGACUUGUCAGCAUCCAGUUUGGCAAACAGAGCUGAACCAUCAUCCGCAUCAGCUGGACAGCUUUUCGUGACCGAAGACAAUGAGGAGGUUAUAAUCAUUAGUUCCAGCUCCAGUGAUGAAGAUGAGGUCAACUAUUCAGUUGCGGAUCUGUCGGACAGUGACCCAAUGGAGGAAUGCUACAGGAUCUUCAUGGAGGCAAACAACGAGGAUAAGCAAAAUGAAGAGCAGCCUGAUGUGUAUGUUGGAUCUGUGGAUGUGGAGUUGCCGAAGUUAAACGUCAAACCCAAAGCAUUGCCAGUAAAGAAGAGGGUUGCUCAUGAAGUCAAACAUACAGAGCAGCCUGCGGCUAAGAGCAGACCUAAGACCCAGGUGCUGGUUCCCCUACGUGGGCCUGCGGUGUCAGUAUCUGCCUCCCAGCCCUCCAUCACCUCCAAGAUCCAGCAGGUACAGCAGAGAGCCUCCAUGCUGACUGCUUCAGUUAAAGGUGGUCAGGCUUUUGUUUCCGCCACCUGUCAGAGGAAGCCAGAGACCCAGAGUGCACCUUUUCCUUCAACUCAGACCCCUGAAAACCUGCAGCCUGCUCCUGCGCAAAAUGUUUGCUUGAACUACAUAUCUUUGAGAACUGCUGUGAUCGGAGCGGACAACAACUUGCACUAUAUCCUCCCAGAGGGCAUGUUCCCUCUGCCUGUCACUUCCAGUUCCAGCCAAGUUACUUCAGUGCUAACCCCAAUCAGUCAAGUGCACACGAGCUCUGUCGCUGUGAGACAAAUGUACCAUCCAAUUGCAGUUACCCCUGUGCAAAGAUACCGCACAACAGCACCUGUGCUCAUUCCUGCGCCGGCACGUAAACCUUCGCUGACCUCUGCCUUUGCAUCGGCGCAUUCGAGUCCAGCUGCUUCUUCCACUACUCCUCAAGCUGCUGUCCAUACUCCUGUUAAGCCAGUGCCUACUAAACGUAAAUUGAAGCAGCAGUCUGAGGCCGCCAAAAACAAAGUGACCCAUGACAUCCGACAGCGUUAUGUCAACAUGUUCACAGAGGAGUUCCUCAAGACAACAGCCGAUGUUAAUGAUGCCUUUGAAAAGGCAGUUGCUGAAGAGAAGUCUGUGUUUAAUCGCAGUGUGAACAAACUCAAAUAUCAGACUGUUGUAGUGAAUGCACUGAAGAGGCUGAAGAACCAAAGCGCUGUUGCUGCUAAAGAUGAAAAUGAAGUCAUCAGCCAAAGAUCCAAAGGCAACAUUUCACUUAACCUGAAGAAGUUUAAAGCAGAUGAUAUGGCAUUUUAUGAGAGUUUGAAGGACUAUAUUUUGACUGAGGAAAGUCUGGCUGAGAUCAACUAUCCUGUCCAGCACCCAGAGAAACCUGGUUGUGCGGUUCUUUUUGUUGACAAUAAGAAAGGCAGUGCAGACCCCCUUAAGAGGAUCUGCUGUCGAUGUGGAGCAACGUACUCUGUGAACCAAAUGGGCAAACACAUCCGUAAGGAGGAGUGUAAUUACCACUAUGGGAAAGGACUUACGAAAAGAGUGCCAGGUGGAGUGGAGACCCGCUACAGUUGCUGUGAGGGAGUCAUGGGAGCACCUGGAUGUCAGGUGUUUAAGUUGCAUGUCCAUGAUUCCCUCAGCCUGGAUGGGUUUGUGUCGACCGCCCCCAGACAUUCCUCAGAUACGAGCUGUCCUGGGGUCUACUCCUUGGAUUGUGAAAUGUGUUACACCAUUCAUGGUCUGGAGCUGUCCAGAGUGACGGUGGUCAACUCUAGUCUGCAAGUCAUCUACGACACCUUCGUCAGACCUGAUAAUGAGGCCACUGACUAUAACACCAGGUUUUCCGGCAUCAGUGAGGAGGAUUUGAAAGGUAACCGCACCUCCCUCAGAGAGGUGCAGGAGACCUUAUUGAGAUUCAUCAGCGCCGACACCAUUCUGAUUGGACACGAACUGGAAACAGACCUUUGUGCCCUCAAGUUGCUCCAUGGGACGGUGGUAGACACAUCAGUGGUCUUCCCCCACCGUCUGGGCCCCCCUCACAAGCUGACCCUUAACAACCUCACUGCUGAAUACCUCAGGAGGAUCAUCCAAGAGAGUGUUUGCGGCCAUGACACUGCAGAAGACGCCGCUGCCUGCAUGGAGCUUAUGUUGUGGAAAGUUAAAGAAGACGGAAAACUGAAAAAAUGAUGGAAAUAAAACAUGAUAACCCCCACACUGGUCAUACAUAAAAAAAACAGAUGCUGUUAUGCAAAUAAUAUAAAAUAAUAUCUAUUUGUGUUCUGAUGACAUGGGAGGGCUGUUUAUUUUUUUUGUGUGAUUACUUAAUUUAUGUUAAUACAAUAUUUCCUGCAUGUUAAAUUUUGAUUUAAAGCCCAUGUGUCCAUGCCUGUUUAAAUAUUUGUGAAAACCUGAAGGGGUGGGUUAUCAUCCAUAUUAUCCAAAUAAAGGCACAUAAUGAAA